AGAGCCGUGCUUCCAUUUUCCCCUAUCCUGCAACUUCUGCAAAUCCCAGAGUGCCUAGCCUUAUCUCUGGUCAAAACCUCCUCUAUUCCUGUCCCAUUCAGGGUUUUUUUUUUUUUUUUGGACAAACCUCAUUCUGGACAACGCAUUCAAAGAGGCACACUUACUGGAGAAGGUCCAGGAAGGAUCAGAGCUUCGCCUCUUCUCUCACUGAACACUGGCUUCUGGUUCAGGAACAAUGACCCUUCAAUGCCUCCCAGCUGGGAGGACAUAAUCAAUUCACCAGGAGUGAGUCCAAAUAUGGAGCUGAGCUGACCUGGCUGGGGUGUAUUGUUGUCUCACCUGAGAGAAUGGAAGCCCCUUGAGAAGUUCUCUGUCUUUGAAUCUCCUGCAGUUAGUUUAGAACUCGGCCAACAUUAAAUGAUUAAGAAGUAUUCGAUGAUGUGCAUCAGACAGGACCAGUGACCAUCUGACCUGCCAUCACACAGGGGUUUGCCACAUCUUUCACAGGGACUCAUGAACAUAAUGAACCUGCUUUUUAUCACAGGUCAAUCACGAAAAGAGGGCGAGGGAUGACUCACCCAAUAAGUACACCAAACGGGGAGCAAAGACACCGAGUGUCUGGGACUAAGUUUUGAGUUGAGCCUGGGCAGUCCAGAACAGAGCUGAAGACCCACCAUGGGCCCCACAGUCACUUUCCUGAUCUCCAUUGGGCUGUGUCUGGACUGGGCGGUGAGGGCACAGAUGGACACCCUUCCCAGGCCCACCCUCUGGGCUGUCCCAAGUCCUGUGGUCCCCAAGGGAGCAGAUGUGACCCUCAGGUGCCAGGGCCACCUGGGGAGUGACAGAUUCCAGCUCUGGAACGAUGGAGAGCUCAGAGAUGAGAGAAAUGAAUCCUGGCAGCAGGCAGAGUUUGUGCUCAGGAAUGUGGAUGACCAGAGAGAUGCCAGAAGCUACAGCUGCCGCUCUGGGCAGGGGCCGUGGUGGUCAGAGCCCAGUGAAGCUCUGGCCCUGGUGGUGACAGGAGCCCUCCCCAAACCCACCGUUUCAACCUCACAUUAUUACACAGUAUACCCAGGGACAAGAGUGACCAUCUGGUGCCAAAUGGCACAACAAAUGGCAUCCCCUCAGGACUACAGUUUUGCCCUGCUGGAGGCAAAGAGCCUGGAGCCCUUCCAGCGACAGAGCCCUGCAGGGACCCAGGCUGUUUUCUUACUUCUGUCUGUGGGGGCCAAGGACGCUGGGAGGUACAGCUGUAUUUACUACAAGAAGACAGCCCCCUACAGGGGGUCCCAUCCCAGUGAGAUCCUGGAGCUGACUGUGUAUGGACUCCUCCCCAGGCCCACAUUUUGGGCCCAAUCUGGCCUCGUGAUGGCCCCAGGGGCCAACAUCACUCUCUGGUGCUCAAGGCCCAAGUUAUCGUCCCUUAAAGAGGUGACCUUUUCUCUGUAUAAGGCUGGAACCCAGAGGCCCUUACAGCAGCAGACCUCAGCAGAUCUCUGGACUGGCUUCCUGCUCCCAUCUGUGAGACUUGAGGACACUGGGAGCUACAGCUGUUCUUAUAUGGAAAGGACAGUGUCUGCUAAAGAAUCAGAGCCCAGCGAGGCCCUGGAGCUGCUGGUGCCAGGAUCUCUCCCCAGGCCUUCCCUCUCAGCCCUCCCAGGCCUUGUGGUGGAGUCUGGGAUGCAUGUGACUCUCCAAUGCUGGCAGCCCCAUCAGACAUUCCUCAGUGAUGUGACAUUCAUUCUGCUGAAGGUGGGGACCCCCCAGCCCCUGCAGAGCCAGAGCCCAGGUGGGACCUCAGCUGCCUUUCCCCUCCUCUCUGUGCGAGCCCAGGAUGCUGGCAACUACAGCUGUGUCUAUUAUAGGAAGAUGGUUCCAUACCAGGUGUCUAAGCCCAGCCAGGUCCUAGAGAUCUGGGUGACAGAUGCACUCCCCAAGCCUUCUCUGUCAGCCUGGCCUGGCCCAGAGGUGGUCUCAGGGACCAACGUGACCCUCCUGUGCCAGGGGCCUUCAUGGAGGACUAGGUUUAUUCUUCACAAGGAGGGGAGCCCAGAUACCACUCAAGAUGAGGCCCAGUUCCUUUUGACCCAUGUCACUUCCAAACACUCUGGCAAUUAUAGCUGCAGAUACCAACCUGGCACCAACAGCAGUCUCUGGACACAACCCAGUGACCAUCUGGAGAUUACAGUGAGAGAGCCCAGUAACACCCUCCUCAUCACCCUCAGCUGUGUUUCCUCCCUCCUUCUGUGCCUUUUCCUGCUGGUAUUCUUCUGCCAUCGAUCCACCCCUCUAGCAGGGGACUUGCAUGGAGACAGCCUUAGGAGGUUUUUCUGCUGCUCUUGUCAUCCUUGGAGUGCCUGCCUACCCCGUCACCCUGAAGCCCCCAGAGACGAGGCACUGUAUACACAAGUGGCCGAGAAGACACCAACGGAGCCAUCGGUCCCCAUGGCUGAAGACCCCGAGGGAGUGACCUAUGCUCAUCUGAACAUAAGAACCUUAAAUAAGAGGCAAGCAGACCCCCAGGAGAAAUCCACAGAGUCCACAGUCUAUGCCAGUGUCUCCUGAGACUGAAAGUUUGGGUUCCUCUCAAAAGGAAAUUCUCUCCCUUCCUCUUUUCUCCUGCCCACAUCUCAUCUGUCCACUAGUAUAUCUUCCUCAAAUUCCCACCACUGAAGCACCAUGAUGCCUAUUGGGGAUAUCCAUUUUGGCCUACAGUUGUACAGACCAAGUGUAUCUGUCUACGAUGAUGAGAAAUAUACAAGAUAUAUACAGAAUAGAUGGGGGGGUUAUAAUCUCAGACAGGAAGUCACUAGCAGUUAUGGGGGCCAGGAAAAGGAUUCUGCACUAGGUGGGACUGGAGCUGAGUUUUAAAGGAAGCUAGGCAAACUGAGAGGCAGAUUGGAGGGAGGAUCACAGUCCAGGAAUGGGGGACAGCCACUACAAAAGUCUGGAGCUAGGAAACUGUUUUGUGUAAAGACAAAAAAAGAAUUAAUCAGCCAGUGUGGCUGGUUCAUGGGGUGAGAGGAAGGAAAUGAACUGUAAGAAGAUUGGAAAAGUAGGAAGCCACUCACACUUAAACCUCCAAAUGAAGAGAGACAGAGAGAGCAGGGGGGAGAAAGAGAAAGAACAAAGGGUUAGGUAAAAUGCAACCAGAUGGUGGUCCUGUUCAAAAACAUAUGUUCUUGUUCUUUGUUCUUCUCAACAGAAGCCCUCUGAAGGCAUGGCUGGUUAUUGCAUUGUUCAGAGUUCUUAAAUCUUACCCUUCUUUUCCUUUACAAUGUAUUCGUUGCAUAAAUUAUGAUGCUGGUUGUGCUCCCUUCACUCUGAAUCAGCUGAUAUUACCCAAGGUUCUCUGAAAUCAUCUCAUUUGCAGUUUCACAUAGUGCAAUAUCAAUCCUUCAUUCUCAUUUCCUGCCGCUGCAGCCAUUCCUCACGCCUAAAGGACAAUCGAGGACACCCCCUUAGCGUUUUGUUCUCUUAUUUCGCCUUUUAGUCCCUUCUUCAGGAGUAGAGAGAUAGGUUUACUAAUGAAUAUAUUCCCUCCUUGCUAUUAUCCUUCCCUUUACCCAUUCCACCCCAAUCCUUGCUUAUUUCUCUAUUGAGUCUGAUGUGUUUCUAUACCAAAUUGGUUAUGUAUGUGAACUUGUUAAAAAUGAGGUUUAAUUUGAUACGUACUCCCCUACUUCUUUCUGUGUGUUUGUAUACUCUUUCCUCAUGCACCCCAAACAUGAGGUAAGGAAUAGUUAUUCCCUCCUUCCUCAUGUCUACACUAACAUAUUCCUUCUACUUUCCCUUCUCUUCUGUCUCUUAAAACCAUUAAAACAGCUUGCAUCCAAAUCAGUCCUAUGAUUUCUUAUUUAACUCUGAGUAUCUUUUGAACUCAUUAAGCUUCUGGAGGGGCACUUCUUUCUUUCCUUCCUAUUUUUAAUAUUAGAGGGCAGACUUAAGAUGGUAGAGUGAGAGCUCGCAACUUUGCCCAACUCCCCCAAAGCCUCUUCCACGAUGACCAAGAAAAUAUGUCAAGCCAAAGUCUGAGAAGAAAAACCAAGAAAACUUAUGGAGGCCACUUUUUUCUAGGAUGGGAAUCAUGGAAUAUUAGCACUUCAUCGUCAUAAAGCCCUUUCUAAUUACUCAAGUAAAUUUCUAGGUUUCUCUUUGCUCUUGAGGUGCUACUCAAGCCUUGUUAUUAGGA